AACUCCAACACACCAGAACAAGACACCAUGACGCCCAGACAAGACGACGAAGGUGCUGGCGCCGAGCAGCCCUUUCAGCCACAGAGGCCUGCUUCUCCCAGCGCUUCUGAUGAAGCUAUCCCGCCUCCUUCUCUCAGUCGCAACAGCACUAGUAGCGGCAUUUCUGUGGCGGUGGGAUUGCCCGUGUUUCCCUGCGAACAAGAUGAUGCUGCCAUGGCUGCAGCCAUGGCUGCAGCACUCCCUCUGGACCUCCAAAUCUCUCCUGAUGACUGCCUCCCACUCGAUCUCGACCAAGACGAGCUAGCCUUGAACCUUGCCGGGGCUGCCUUGUUUGCUUCUUAUGAAGACUACAUUCCACCCGUUGACGCGUUUCCUACUGCUAGUACCGACGAGGACUACAACAUGUACUAUGAUGUUUACCAGGAACAGCAGCAACAAGAGCAACUUCAGCCACACUCAUCAACGUACAAGGACGAUUUGGCAUGGAACCUUAUGAACUCUCCUUACUACGAAGGCUGCGACAGUCCACCCCCCGAGAAUGACGAACUGGCGUGGAAUCUGAUUCGACAGCUCCGCAUGGUCCUCUUGACAUUUUCCAGUUCACAAGAACGAGAAGGCACACGAUCCUACUAUCGCAUGACACCGGCCGAAGUCAAUGACGAAAUGUUUCUAACACGGGCGCGGUCGUUGGUCCAGCUGUGCCGGGAACGAGGUGGACACGCCAAGGUCGAUUUGGCCGUGCGGCACAAGGGCGCAUCCAUCACGGAAGGAUGGGUCUAUGUCCGUCACAUGUUGACGAGCAGUCGUCAACCUGGACUCAAGGUACGAGCACCGGGGGCAUUGUCCUUGAUCAAGUUCACGGUCCAUCAAGAAGACCAGGAUACCUGGGAUUUGAUGCAGUGUCUCCAAGAUACCAUGGAACAGAUUCAAGCCGUCAUGGUCGAAGCUCUGUCGGAUCAUUGCGAGGUGCUUCCUCUCAUGAGCACGGAAGAACUCUGGACGCGAGGAAACCAAAUGCCAGAGGUAUCCGGUGCCGGGUCCGAACUUCGUCUGGCAGUGGAACGAGCGGAAUGCUGGAAGAGGAAUCGUCUAGAAGAAGAAGACGAAGUCCUGUCCGAAGAAGAAGAAGAAGAGGAUGACCUCAAGGACAGCCGCAAGAUGGACGAGGACAGUCACGCGGAAACAGCUGACAAUACCUCUUACUUUGCAGACUCGGACGAGAGUGUCGAUUUCGAAGAAGAAGAAGAAGUGAGCUGUGCUUUGACAGCCGUCAGCGAUGACUCCUCGGAAGAACCAUGGAGCCCCAAGAAGGAAGAGCCAAAGGCCAUGAAGGAUGAGGAGGGUGUGCCAAGGCGGGUUGUUGCACCAGCGCCCUCCACAAGGCGUCGCCGCCAAAGAUUCAGCAUUGUCAAUGCCGUUUGCAAUGCUUCCCUUCGAUUCGCCCGCGCUGUGGGGUAUGCGAGACGGACCCAAGCAAGGUCGUCCCGACGACUGGACUACAACUCAAAGGGCGAUCUGUGCUAA